AUGGAACAACCGUUCACCAUCUCCGUUCCAGACUCGGAGAUUGAGCUGCUACGCAGGAAGCUCGAGGUGACGCGACUGCCGGACGAGCUGGACGAUGCUGGCUGGGACUACGGCGCACCACUGGCCGACGUGCGGCGCAUGGUCGCGUACUGGAAAGACGGCUACGACUGGAGGAAGGCCGAGGCUGAGAUCAACACCCUGCCCCAAUUCACCAGGGACAUCGAGGUGGACGGGUUCGGCGCGCUCAACAUCCACUACGUCCACCAGAAAAGCACGGUCGAGAACGCGGUGCCUCUGCUGUUCGUCCACGGAUGGCCAGGACAUUUCCUCGAAGUGAGGAAGAUGCUACCUCUAUUGACUGCCGGCUCGGAGGACCACCCCAGCUUCCAUGUGGUCGCACUCAGCCUCCCAAACUUCGGGUUCUCGGAGGCUCCGAAGAAGAAAGGCUUCGGUAGUCACCAAUACGCAGAGGUUUGCAACAAACUCAUGCUCGCCUUGGGCUACAGCGAAUAUGUCGUCCAAGGUGGUGACUGGGGAUACCUCCUCGGCAAGGUGAUAGUCUCCGACUACGGCCACAAGACCGUGAAAGCCUGGCACACCAACAUGCCAGUGAGCGGCCCACCGAGCAUCUGGACGCACCCCGGGCGCUUCCUCGCCUUCCUCGGGUCUCUCGCGCUUCCCUGGUCGGAGCGCGAUAAGGCGGGGAUGGCGCGCACGAUGGAGGCGCGCAGCAAGGGCAUGGGCUACUUCAAGGAGCAGUCGACGCAGCCGCAGACGCUCGGCUACAGCCUGGCGGACUCGCCCGCGGGCCUGCUCGCGUGGAUAUACGAGAAGCUCGUGCGCUGGACAGACAGCUAUCCGUGGACAGACGACGAAGUGCUCACUUGGAUAUCCGUGUACUGGUUCUCCCGCGCUGGACCCGCGGCGUCCGUACGUAUCUACUACGAAGUUACCGGCGGGGGCGACCCCGUCGCUGGCGGCACCUGGAGCUCCAUCCCCCUCGGGCUCUCGUACUUCCCCAAGGAGAUCGCGGUCGUUCCCAAGCUGUGGGCACGCACGAUCGGAAACGUCGUGCACGAGUCGGACCACGAGCGCGGCGGGCACUUCGCUGCGUUCGAGCGGCCGGAGGACCUCGCGGGCGACGUGCGGGCGAUGUUUGCGAAGGGCGGCCCGGCGUAUGGUGUCGUGCCGGGCAAGGACGGCUAUGCGUAAUUGCUUUCAGCCUUAUGCGCGUCGCUUGAUUGAGAUUGACCGUCUGUACACUUGUUAUCUAGCCCUGUCAUUCGAGCAAGGUUGUAGGAUCUGGCGCGGUGGCUGCGACGGAUACGUA